GGCAUGAAGGCAUGAUUUGUCAAGAUGGCAGACUGGUGGCAGGUCCCAGAAACAAAAAAGAGAGGAUGACACCAGGAUCUGGGGGCACUGGGACUGUCCCUGAGGUGCCCAUCUGAGAGGCUUGGGACAGUGUGUAUGUGUGUGCGCGUGGACUCUCUGAUGUGGAGGCUUUGUUUGUCCCUCUAGCUCCAGUCAGCCAUGGAGAGCCCUGUGGAGAUGCAGCAGCCUCUGGAGAUUCUGUACCUGCCCUGGGCAGUUCUCUUUCUCCUUUACUCUCUGGUGGCAAUUGUCUCUUACCUCCUGGACAUGGCCAGCCACAGCCUGCUGGCUCAGGCUGGAGAAUCCCUCCUUCCUGUCUCUCUGUCUGCAGCCUGGUUUGGCCACCAGCUCAUUGCUGACAUCAUCUUCCUGGGGCUCCUGCCUCUCAGCCUCACCUGGACCCACACCUGCUGGCCCCUGGGCCUUGCCUUCUGCCACCUGGAUCCACGUCUGGCCUUCUUGACUUUCAGUGCUAGUGGCCGGCUGCUGACUCAUGUGGCUGCUGACCACUGUACAUCCUUGCUCCAACCAUCCUGGGCACUGGCUCAUCGUAUAGCCCGCCAAAUAGUUAUCUGGGCUGGUAGGUUCUGGAUCCUUCUGCUGGGCCUGGCUGUGAGAGCCUUAGGAACUUUGAGGGAUCGAAAUGGCUGCAGUGACCCUUUCAACAGGACAGUGACCCUGGAAUCCCCUAGGCAUGGCCAGGACCCCUCAGCCUGGAGCCCUGAGCUGGAUCAACUGGUGUUUGGGUUUGGGGUGCCACUGGGGGUACUGAGUGUCUUCCAUAGUGUGGUGCGGGAGCAGCUGCAGCUGGCCAGGGUCUCAGGGAGGCCUCCGUUGCUAAGCUCGCCAAGGGCCACUGCAGUCAUGCUGUUCAUCUCUUGGUUUCCCUUCCACCUGCUGCUGCUGCUCAAGUUCCUGGGCAUGUGGGGGUCCCGACUGCAGCUGGAGGAUGUGUGGGUGUUGCUGAGCCCUCUGGGGCUCACUCUGCUGGGAUCAACUAGCUUCCUCAACCCACUGUUGUAUGUGUGGGGGGACAAGGAAAUUCGGAGAUGGCUGCGCAGGGCCUUACGGUUCCCUCCAGAAGGAGAGGAGGCAGAGGAACCCAGGCAUUAGGAGUGGAGGCUGAGAGGCUCUGGGGCAGCCUGAGG